UAUAUUAACUGAUAUCACACAGAAGACCUAAUUCAUUAUCUAAAAUACAAUAAUAUCCAAUACUUUUUCUAAUGUAUUAAACAGUUCUGCUCUAGUUUUAAUAUAAGUUUCGCCACUGUGACCAUCAUGACUGAUCCAACUGAUACAACCGACUUUCUGUCCUUCAGAAAACGUUCCGAGCCCAAAUAUCCUUCGGCGCCAUCUCCCGAAUCCGAGGUAUAUAAAAAAUAUGGAAAAAGAGGAAUUGCGGUAAUAUUUAACCACAAGGAAUAUGACAAGAAAGACAUUCCAACAAGAGACGGAACAGACAAAGACCGCGAUGAUCUUUACACAACUUUGAAAGAAUUACAGUUCGAUGUUAAUGCUUAUGAUGAUUUACGUUCUGCUGAAAUUGCUGAGACUCUCUCAAGAGAUGAGGGGACAUUUACCUGUGUUGAAGUGAAUUUCCAUAAUAUGCACAUAUGGGCCGAAAAUCCUCACCCUAUUAGGGAAACUCAUUUUCAACAUCGGUUCUCGCCACGCCUUAUAAAAUCUCUUCAAACCUUGCAAAGACAGUAUGAAAGAAUGUGCCGUUCUUGUUUUUUAUUUUUAGUAAAGGACAUCGACCACUCUGAACACGAGUGCCUAAUAGUCAUUGUUAUGUCGCAUGGCGAGUUGGACAAAUUUUAUACUAAAGAUGAAACUUUUCCGGUUAGAAGUUUGUGGGAACCUUUCUUUAAAGUGCCUAGCCUAGCUGGAAAACCAAAAAUGUUUUUCAUUCAGGCAUGUAGAGGAAAUAAACCUGACCCAGGAAUAACAGUUGGUUACGAUGAAAUGGACGCUAGGAACAACGGGCAGAAGUUGUAUUCAAUACCAAUAUCAGCAGAUGUGCUGGUUAUGUAUUCUUCAUACGAAGGAUAUUAUUCAUUCAGGCAUCCCCAAAGAGGCAGUUACUUUAUUCAGUCACUGGUUCGUCAGCUGAAGACAGCAGAGGACAGGAAUCUUUUGUCGAUCUUGACUAACGUAAAUAGAGAAGUUGCCAUCAUGUACAGCGAAAAAGAAAUGUGCACCGUUGUGUCAACUUUAACAAGACGUUUUUAUUUAGAUUGAACAUAGUUUCGCAAAUGCACCUAUGUUUGACAGCAAGGAUUUAAUCUCAUUUAUCGUUCAGAUAUAAAUGCUUGUAAUUUUCACUAUUUGAAUAAAUUUUAGCAC